CCUAACUUUUCGUAUUACUCAGGAUUCCUCAGUACGCUCUCUACUCUUCUCCUAAGAAAGCGGUUCGAUUUCUCAGGGAUUUUUCUUCAACUGUUUCAGGUAAAAAGCAAGACACGAUGGAUGUUCCUCCACCUCCACACGAUGAAGAGUCCGAGAUCAGCGAGUCAGAGAUCGACGACUAUUCCGAGAAACCCUACCUGAAACUGCAGACAGGGCAGUACAAGGUGAAGGUGAACGGAACGCUGAGAUGCCCCUUUUGUUCAGGCAAGAAGAAGCAAGACUACAAGUACAAGGAGCUGAUCGCACAUGCUUCCGGGGUUUCCAUAGGAUCCGUCACCAGAAGCGCUAAACACAAGGCUAAUCAUCUCGCCUUGGCUAAGUACUUGGAGAACGAGCUUGCCGGUGAUGCUGCGGAAGAAGGUCUUCUUCCACGCCCUCCACUUCCUCUGUUAAACGAGACGGAACCAAAGCCUGGUGAUGUUUACGUCUGGCCUUGGAUGGGGGUUGUGAUGAUGAAUCCUUUGAAAGAAACUGAUGGUGACGACAAGGAGGCUCUGCUUGAUUCUGGUUAUUGGUUGAAGCGUCUCUCUAGGUUCAAGCCUGUUGGUGUGAAUGUCUUUUGGGUCGAACGAGGUUCCGUUGUCGGGGUUGUUGCUAAGUUUAACAGCGACUGGAGCGGGUUUGCGUGUGCAACGGAGCUUGAGAAGGAGUUUGAGAGGGAAGGCUGCAGCAAAAAAGAGUGGACAGAGAAGAGGGGAGAUUCUAUUUCCGAGUCCAAGGCCUAUGGUUGGUGUGCACGUGCGGAGGACUAUAACUCUGGAGGGCCAAUAGGUGAGUACCUCUCCAAGGAGGGAAAGCUGAGAACAGUUUCAGAUAUUUCUCAAGAAAAAGCGCAGGAUAGGAACAUCGUUCUCGAUGAACUUUCGAGUAUGAUUGCUAUGACAAAUGAAGAUCUGAACAAGGUUCAGUACAGUUACAACGAGACGGCAGAGUCACUGAAGAGGGUCCUGGACGAGAAAAAAAACUUGGACAAAGCUUAUGCAGAAGAAACAAAGAAGAUGCACCAGAUGUCGAUUUGCAGUAUUCAGAAGAUCCUAGAAGAUAAAGAGAGGCUGAGUAAUGAACUGGAGGCUAAGAUGCUGAGACUGCAGAGUUGGUCCAAAGAGUUGGAAAAGAAGGAAGCACUAACUGAGCUGGAAAGACAAAAGCUUGAUGAAGAGAAGAAAAAGAAUGAUGCUAUGAACAUUUCCCUCCAGUUAGCCUCCCAUGAGCAGGAAAAGGCUGACGAGAGCGUUUUGAGACUUGUAGAAGAGCAUAAGAGGCAAAAGGAAGAGGCUAUGAUCAAGAUCCUUGAGCUUGAGAAACAUCUGGACACCAAACAGACACUGGAAAUGGAGAUCCAAGAGCUGAAAGGCAAGUUACAAGUGAUGAAGCAUUUGGGGGAUGCUGAUGAUGAGGCGGUCAAGCAGAAAAUGAAGGAGAUGAAUGAUGAACUGGAGGACAAGAAGACUGACUUAGAACAGCUAGAGCAGAUGAACUCGGACCUCAUGACAAAAGAACGUCAAAGCAAUUUUGAGAUUCAAGCAGCGCGGAAAACAUUAAUUGCGCGUUUGACAGGGCGGUUGGGUGCGGAAUCUGAAAUCGAGGUAAAGAGGAUGGGAGAACUUGAGAACUUGGAGCCCUUCUUGAACGCUUGCAAGAAGAGAUAUUCUGCAGAUGAAGCCAUGGUUGAAGGUGUCACCCUUUGCUCCACAUGGCAAAAGAACAUCAAGGAUUCAACAUGGCAACCGUUCAAAGUUGAAGGAACCGGGGACAAAGCAAAGGAAGUGGUAGACGAAGAGGAUGAGAAGCUGAAGAAGCUUAAAGGCGAGUGGGGAGAAGAGGUGCACAACGCUGUUAAAACAGCUCUGGAGGAAGUGAAUGAGUAUAAUGCAAGUGGUCGAUACAGCACCCCAGAACUUUGGAAUUUCGAAGCAGGAAGGAAAGCAACAUUGAAGGAAGUGAUUAGUUUCAUUUUCAACGAUAUGAAACCUGUGAAACGCUAAAGAACAUGAAGGCAUAGUCCUAUCACUCAGUUGACGCAGGUCUCUAUUUAUUUAGCUUGCAAAUGGUAUGUGGUGGGUUAAAAUUAACAAUACAGUCCAUAAGCUGAGAAGUGAGAACCUUGUAGAAGGGUUUAUAAUGGUGAAGUUUGAAAAAUUUCUUGUAACAAAUUAGAGCAGCGACAUGAUCUCAUUUGUUAAAUAUGGUUGAAGAAGUCUAAUUCUG